CUUCUCCGACCCCCUAUUUUUGUCUUUGGAGCACGGCAGACUUGUGUGUGGCCCGAGCGAGCUUCACUUAGUAAGCAGUGAGUCGCGCGCAGUCACGAGAACAACAGGCUCGAAAUUUGGACGCGUUGAGUGGCAGGGCAGGAAAGACGCACAGCAGCAGCAGCAGCUACAGCGACGAGGACGCACGGCCACGAGGACGAGAAGAGAGAGACAACGAGACGUGGGCCGAUGAGGAGGAGCAGGAGCGAUGGCUACGUACGAGGGAGCGGCGGACAUUUCGAUGGUGGAGCAGGGAGAGGAAGUGAGCAGUAGCAUUCCGUCGACGUCGCUCAGCGUGCAGCUCCUCAACCAGCUGCUGGCGAGCAGGAGGGACAGGUACCGGGCACUGCGAGCAAGUGGCCAAGCGGGCGGCAGCAUUGUGUUCCACCAACCAUCACAAGCACAGAAUGGCAAGGAAGGACCAGGCGAGGGCGCGAAUGGGGAGAGCAAGAGCGCGGUUCGGACGACGCACAUGGUGCUUAGGAUCCUCGGACUCAGCUUCAUCGUGCCCAUGGUCACCUUGUCCGAUGAUGGGUUACCUAAGACCCUGGAUCGGGAAGGGUUCUCGGUAAAGGCCGCUCUCGAGACGAUGGCCAAGGCACUGUCAAUGGCGAAGGAGGGAACGAGAGCCCACAGAGGAGUAGAGUUUCUUCCUCCCUCAAGAGCACCACAGUCGAUGCAUGGCUCGUGCCGCGCCUCGUCGCCGCAGCCGCCGUCUUGCAUGCGCGCAGCUGCAGUCUUUCGGACGCCUCACAGAACGCGGACUCGCUGCACCUCUACACGGACCUGAUCGACCUUGCCAUUGAGCUUCUCGACAUUGGAGUCUCCCACACCGGCGAGCUGGAGCGAGCCAGGGCGAUCCUCAUCGAAUGCCUCUGUGCCGUCUAUCGCGCCUUUGCGAGGAGUGGCCGGCCCGCCUUUCCACCCCACUUGGCGCCAUCGCUUAAGCUUAUUGCUCAUCUUGGGGCAGAUGCUGCCGAACAGCAGCAGUCCAUCUUCGCCUUCUUCACCGCAGGC